AUGCAAAUAGUUAACACCUAUGUCGAGAUAACCACAGUCGGCGCACCCAUCUUCUUCUUCAAAGACGAUGAACAACCCUACGGUUUCCUCUGCCAAUGGUACCGCAGUCGCUUCACAGAUCCAAUCUCCGGUCUUGGAUUCAGCUGUGCCGAACAAUACAUGAUGUGGAACAAAGCUCACCUUGCUGGUGAUGAAGCCUCUGCAAAAGCGAUUAUGGCAACAACAUCACCUCGCAAACAAAAACAACUAGGACGAGAUGUGCAAAACUUCGACGUAAAAGCUUGGGAGAAAAUCAAACUUGAGGUGGUGGAAAGGGGGAAUUAUUUGAAGUUUACGCAGGGGAAUAAUGGUGAGGGGAUGAAGAUGGGGGGAAAAGGAGAGCCAGUGGCGUUGAAGAGGUUGUUGUUGGAGACGGGCGACAGAGAGUUGGUGGAGGCAUCGAGGUUUGAUCGGGUUUGGGGGAUUGGGUUUGAUGCUGAGCAAGCGAUGGCGGUUCCGCGUGAGGAAUGGGGACAGAAUCUGCUUGGUGUUGCUCUGAUGAAUGUAAGGGAGAGGAUUAGGAAGGAAAGCGAAGGUCGAGCAGAGGUGAUAGAGGACGAGGGGUUGGGCAACACUUGA